ACACUGAUGACCAAAAUGGCGGACGCGGUGCCGGAACUUGUAGAGGGCUGUCGGCUUCCCGUGCUCAGAAAAAACCAAGAAAACGAAGACGAAUGGCCAUUGGCGGAAAUUCUCAGUGUCAAAGAGGUCCCUGGGAAAAAGCUCUACUAUGUUCACUACAUUGACUUCAACAAGCGGUUGGACGAGUGGGUCACUCCAGACCGGCUGGACGUGAAAAAACUCCAGUUCCCUAAGAAGGAGGCGAAGACGCCCACGAAGAACGGCCUGCCUGGCUCUCGGCCCAGCUCGCCAGAUCGAGAUGUGAGGAAGAGUCUAGAUCUCAACGUUCAAUCUGCUUCAGCACCUUCCAGAGGCAAAACCCUUCCCACACCGAAGAGGAAAGCAGAGUCCGUCUCCUUAGCAUCGCAAGUUUCUGCUGCGACAUCAGUGCCUUCACUUCCAAGUUCAGCAGAGGCCUCCCAGGCGUCUGUGUAUCCCACCGUCCGGGAAACUUUCAGUACCAAAUCCAGAGACGAGCACGAGCAGCUCACGUCCCUCACCACGCAGAAUGGCACAGCGCGUCGUCUCCUUCCAUCUCAGCCCGGCAGGAAGAGGAAAAACUGUGGCACGGAUGAGAUGAUAAAGGUAUUCCAGUAUAACAGCCCUCGCAGCACCAGUGGCUUUCUGCCGCCAGGAGAGGACUCGCAGGACAGCUCGGACGGUAUCCCUUCUGCGCCACGUAUGACCGGGAGUCUGGUGUCUGACCGCAGCCAUGACGAUAUCAUCACGCGAAUGAAGAACAUAGACUGCAUAGAGCUAGGCCGCCAUCGACUCAAGCCCUGGUACUUUUCCCCGUACCCACAGGAGCUGACCACACUGCCCAUCCUCUACCUCUGCGAGUUCUGCCUCAAGUACCUCAAGAGCCUUAAGUGUCUGCAGAGGCAUUUGACAAAAUGCAAUCUCCGACAUCCACCAGGAAAUGAAAUCUACCGUAAAGGGACCAUCUCUUUCUUUGAGAUUGACGGCAGGAAAAACAAGACAUAUUCACAGAACUUGUGUUUAUUGGCAAAAUGCUUUCUGGACCAUAAGACCCUGUACUACGACACAGACCCCUUCCUUUUUUAUGUAAUGACUGAAUAUGACUCCAAGGGCUUCCAUAUAGUUGGCUACUUUUCUAAGGAAAAAGAGUCGACUGAGGAUUAUAACGUGGCCUGUAUUCUGACUUUACCACCAUAUCAGAGGCGAGGCUAUGGCAAACUGCUAAUCGAGUUCAGUUACGAGCUUUCUAAAGUUGAAGGUAAGACCGGAACCCCAGAGAAGCCCCUGUCUGAUCUGGGCCUGCUAUCUUACCGCUCUUAUUGGUCUCAGACUAUUCUCGAGAUUCUCAUGGACCUUAAAUCAGAUAAUGGAGAAAGACCGCAAAUCACCAUCAAUGAAAUUAGCGAGAUAACCAGUGUAAAGAAAGAGGAUGUAAUAUCAACCCUACAGUACCUCAACCUCAUCAAUUACUACAAGGGGCAGUACAUCCUCACACUUUCGGAGGACAUCGUAGAAGGUCAUGAACGUGCCAUGCAAAAGCGACACCUGCGUAUCGACCCGAAAUGCCUGCAUUUUACCCCGAAAGACUGGAGCAAGAGGGGCAAGUGGUAGAGAUGUGCUCCAUUGCAAGCUCUGAGACUGAAGCUUGGAGAACUGCAGUUUCAUAGACUACGUUGCAGGAAUCAUUUUACAGGCCCUGGGUCACUUUUUGUCCUAAAGCUGACUAAAAGACUUAAUUAUACAAGGAAAAAAAAAUUUUUGCUGCCCAUUAUUCUAGUGAUUGUGCUUAUGUGACCAUCAGUCAUUUUGUCCUUCUUGUGUGCCCUUUUAUGAUUUUCGUCCUCAAAUUGGUGUUUGACCAGAGAAAGUGGAUUCGCUUUUCUGAAGUGCUUCAGAUUCACCCACCUUCUCUUCUGAUGCCCCAGUCUUCAUCACUGAUCGGUCAUAGUCUUCAUCCUUGCUUUGGGUCUUUAUGAAUUAAUUCAACAGAAAAAAUGCUUUUCCUCCCUCUCUCGCAAGAGAGUGUCAAAUCAAAUGACUCAGUAACUCAAUCACAGACUCAUUUAUUAUUAGUUUGUUUUUAUUUUAUUUUUUUUAAACCAGCACAGCCACCUGUGGAUUCUACGCACAAGAAACUUCAAGCUAAAUCUAAUCUGAUGUUUGUUCUUUAGUAUUUGUACAUAAUAUACACCGUUCUUUUCUUUUGUAAAGGAUGUUUUUAAACUUGGUAUUGCAUCUCUGUGUGGGGGAAUUUAAAAAAAAAAAAAAAUGCAUGGGGAUGUCCGUAAAAAUAAGCCAUGUUGAACUGUUACAAGAAUGUAAAUUUGGAUGCGUGUACAGCUGUCACUUUUUUUUUUUUUUUUUUAAUGGUAAAAAGAACUGAAUGUAAACCGUUAAACACUCGUGGCAUAGUAUUUUAAUUUAAGGUAAAGACUAUUUUCUGUAAAAUCUCCUCCAUAAUUAGAGACCUGUAACAUGAAAGAUUUCUAUUAAUGUUUCUUCCCCAGUAAUAUUACCUAUAUUGAUGACAAGGAGUUAUUCCUGAGCAGUUUUUAAUGUAGUGGCAUUGGUGAAAUAUUCUGUUCUCACCUACUUACACGUACGCAGUUCACUCCCAUAAGUGUCAUGUAAUUUCUCUUUACAGUCUUCAUUAAAUGCCACAAGGUGGAACCACUUUUCAUCGA